AUGGAAAGAGGUUUGGUUGAAUGGUUAUUACAAGAAAGGGAUAGUGUAGUUUUGGAUAAUUUAAAAAUUUUAUCAAAUCAUGGUUUACAUAUUUCAAUUGAUUCAUUAAGAUAUAUUUUAUAUGGAGAUAUUGAUAAAGAAAAAUUAUACUAUGGGUUAUGUGAAGGCCUAAUAACACAUUUACGUAAUUCGUCACUAAAGGAGCUACUUAAAACUAUACGUGAUGAAAAAUCUGAUAUAGUAUAUAAUUUUAAACAUCCAGCAUUAAGUAAAAAUGUGGAUCCAAUUGUAAAAGGUGGUACAGCAUUACUUCAAGAUUUCCCACUUUUAAAAACAUUAGAUAUUAUUAGAAAUAAUAGAAUGUUAUUAAUAAAAAAUAGAUCUUUAGAUUAUCAACUAAAAUAUAUCCAAUCAAUUUAUAAUUAUAAAUAUGGAAAUAGAAAAAAAUUUAAUUUUAAUAAUAAUAAUAAUAUUAAUAAUAAUAAUAAUAAUAAUAAUAAUAAUAAUAAUAAUAAUAAUAAUAAUAAUAAUAAUAAUAAUAAUGAUAAUGAUAAUAAUAAUAGUAUUAUUGUUAAUAUUGAUAAUAAUAAUGAUAAUAAUAAUGAAAAAAAUAUAAAUUUAAAUGAAAAUGAAAAAGUUGAUAAUAGUUUAUUAUUUUUUAAAAUUUGGAGAAAUAUUAUUAUAAAAAAAUGUAUAAUUUUAGAACUUGGUAGGAUUAAUAAUCAUUAUAAAAAGAAAUUUACAUUUAAUUCAAUUGAAAAAUUUGAUGAAUAUAUAUUUAAACAGUAUGUAACACAUUUGGAAUUUAUUUUUUCAUCCGAUGAAAAUGAGGAUUUAAUUGCUGAAGAAUUAAAUGAUUAUUUAGAGUAUAAAUUACCACCAAGUGUUACAAUAUUAGAGAUAAAUGGUGGAUUUAAUAAAUAUAUUAGACCAUCAUCAUUACCAUCGACAAUUUUGAAAUUAAAUUUUAAUAGAGAAAAUUUCGAACCUGGUGUUAAAAAAAUAGGUUUAAAUGUUCCAGUUGGUUUUGCAAAUUUAAAUACACUUUUUGAUGAUUUGAAUCCUGUGAAAAAAUUAAUUUUUCCUGAUAAUUACAAUUCAAAAAUUUAUCUAGAUUCUAUACCAGAGGGGGUGGAAAUUGUUGAUUACAGAUCAAUCUUUUUAGCAAGAAGCCCAAUUGAUAUUAAAAUGUUUCCAAAAUCUUUAAAAUCGUUAUAUAUUUUUAGACAAAUUGAUUCCACAGUAUUUCCAGAAGAAAAGUCAAUUUUACCACCAGUGGAAAAACUUUACAUUAGAAACCUUUCUCUUACGACUGUUGGAAUUUUACCAGAAAGUAUAACUCACCUUGAAAUUGAAUGGCCAUAUUCAACAUUCAAUAUGAAUAAAGUUAAGAAAUGUUUCUUUCCACAACAAUUGAAAAAAUUAAACCUAAGUGGUUAUUAUAAUGAAAUUGGUAAAGGUGUUUUACCACCAAAUCUCACCCAUCUAACAAUUUCAGUUAACCACAUCAAAACCAUUGAACCAGGUUGUUUACCAGAUUCUUUAAAAUAUCUAUCAUUCCAAGGUUACCAAAAAAUAAAAGGAAAAGAAAUCUCUAAACCAUUCAAAAGAAGUCAACCAGUUCUAGUUAAAGGUUCACUUCCAACUGGAUUAACUACAUUAAAAUUAUCAAAGUAUCAACUUCAUUUGGAUAUUUUAGUUAAAGGUGUAAUUACAAAACAUCAUAAAUCCUUAACUAAAAUUUCAAUUUGUCCAAAUUAUAUAUUUGAUUAUAAAACUGAUUAUAAAAAACCAAUUGAAAAUUUAGGUGAUAGAAUUUCACAUUUUUUGAGAAAAAAAUCAAUUCUACUACCAUCAGUUAAAAAGUUUACAUGUAAAACAGUUUUAAAUUAUCCUGAAAUGAUUUUAAUUUUACCAUGUACUCAUAUUAAGAUUUUACCGUCUAUUGGCGGUACUGGUUAUCAAAAUUCUUUAAUAUCAGAUACAUUUAUAAAAUCUUCACAUUCUAAAUGUGUCUAUAUAUCACUACCAGAUUCAUUCAAUGCAAAUUUAACUAGUAAAUCUUUUCCAGAAACUUUGACUACUUUAAAAUUUGAAGGUAGAUAUAAUACACCAUUCCUUCCAAAAGUUUUACCAAAUUCUUUAAAAAAUUUAAUAUUUGAUUGUGAAAAAUCAAAUUAUAAUUAUGAUCUUUCAAAUUGUUUACCAAUUGGUUUGAAAUGUUUAGCUUUAAGUCCAAAUUAUAGUGAACCUUUAAAUUUUCAAACACAUUUACCAGAAUUGGAAUUAUUGGUAAUUGGAAAUUCAAAUCCUUCAAAUAUUAUAUUAAAUGAAAAUCAAAUGAUAUCAAAAUUAAAACUUAUAGUUGUAUUUAAUUCAAACAAUCAAUUUUUAAAUAAUAACAACCAUUCUGAAAUCUUUUAUAAUCCAAUCUUAAAAAUUGUUAAACCAACACAACUAAAAUCAAUUUUAAAUGAAUUUUCCGAUAAUAAAUAA